CCUGGAAAAGACCCACCGGGACCCAGACCCCUGCCCCUCCUUGGGAACCUGCUCCAGCUGGACCUGCUCCAGCUCCAUGUGUCUCUCUGUGAGAGACUCCUGGAAGGAGAUGAGACGCUUCUCCCUCUCCACCCUGCAAGACUUUGGAAUGGGCAAGAGGGGGAGCGAGGAGAAGAUCAUCGAGGAAUCAUGGCACCUCAUCGAGGUGUUUGCAAAUUUUAAAGGUGAGCCUUUUGACACCACUAAGCCACUGAAUUAUUCCAACAUAAUCUGCUCCAUUGUGUACGGCAGCCGCUUUGACUACAGUGACCCCGCCUUCCAAAAAAUGGUCGACAGGAACAACACAUUUAUCCACCUGUGUGGUUCAGCUGAAAUACUGGUGUACAACAUGUUCCCCUGGCUGCGCUGGUGUUGUAGCCGGUGGCUGGUGAAUCGGGCACAGAUUUUUAAGGACAACGAUGACAACAUUGACGAGAUUAAGGGGCUGGUGCAGGGACUGAAGGACACACUCAACCCCCAGGAUCUCAGGGGAUUUGUGGACUCCUUCCUAGUUCAGCAGCAGGAGGUAUGGAAAGGCAGAACUGGACCGUGGCUCAGUUGA